GUUGAGUGGACGUGGACAGGGACAGAUGACAGUUUUAGUCUUAGUAUUUGUCACCGACUCCAAGCUCCGAAACUCAAAAUUUCUUUAGAGUAUUUUCUGGUUCACUAAUGGAGGAGUCAGGAGUCAGUACCUAAACAAUACGACUAAGCCAGAGAUAAUUUGACCAACUAUGAUUUAAUUUUCAUGGAUCUGAAUGAGAUUCGAAAACGUUUUUCACCUCCAAAACCCCAAUUUUCAGCCGCCAUUGAUACUUCUUCUUCAGCUCAAGUUUCUAGACCAAUGAUCUCUUUCAGUUUCAUUGCCGCUAAUGUCACCAAAACCUUCGCCGUUCUUCUUAUUGUUCUUCCUGUUUUGGUCACUUUCUCUGUCAUUUAUCAUAAUCCUCAUUCGGAUCAUCGGAUUUCCUCUCCUUUUGUUGAGGCUAGGGUUUUAGAUCCUAAAUCAUCUGUUGUUACUUGGCAAUCAUUUGAGCCACUGAAUGCCACGACAGAACAUGUUGAAGAGGCUGAUAACAAAUUGCUUGGUGGACUACUUUCAUCUGGAUUUGAUGAAGGAUCUUGUUUAAGCAGAUACCAAUCCUUCUUGUACAGGAAGGUAUCACCUUUCAAGCCUUCGACUUAUCUCCUUUCUAAACUGAGGAAGUAUGAAGAGCUUCACAAACGAUGUGGACCUGGUACACAAGCAUACAAUGAUGCUGUAAAACAAUUGAAGUCUGGAAGUGAGACAGCUGUGCCUACAGAAUGUAACUAUGUUGUGUGGAUAUCAUACAGUGGUUUGGGCAACAGAAUUUUGACUGUGAGUGCAGCUUUUCUUUAUGCUCUUCUUUCAAAUCGAGUAUUGCUUAUAGAUCCAGGAACUGACAUGACUGAUCUUUUCUGUGAGCCAUUUCCUAGCACCUCAUGGUUUUUACCUCAAGACUUCCCAUUAAACAAUCAAUUUAAGAGUUUUCACCAAAAAUCUCCCAGGUGUCACGGGUUUAUGCUGAAAAAGAACCUUCUAAACUCUUCUCGUGAUGAAGAAGUACCACCAUAUUUAUAUCUACAUCUAGGUCAUGACUAUAAUGACCAAGACAAGCUUUUCUUCUGUGACGACGAUCAAACUCUUCUUGGGAAAGUUCCUUGGCUAGUAAUGAGAACCGACAAUUACUUUGCCCCUUCCCUUUAUUUAAUUCCAUCGUUCGAGCAAGAACUAUUCAAAUUAUUUACUGAGAAAGUGACCAUUUUUCACCACCUUGGCCGAUAUCUCCUCCACCCAACAAAUCAAGUUUGGGGUUUGAUAACUAGGUAUUACAAUGCUUACAUGGCCAGGGCAGAUGAGAGGAUUGGAAUCCAGAUCAGGACAUUUGAGGAGGGAGCAGGUCCAUUCCCGCAUGUGACCGACCAAAUACUGUCCUGUAUAUCCAAGGAGAAAUUACUCCCAGAAAUUAACAAAAAUGAUUCAUCUUCUAGUUUAUCGAAGAACGCAAGGGCCAUAGCUGUUCUUAUCACAUCCUUAGAUGCAGGAUACUGCGAGACUCUCAAAGAAUUGUAUUGGGAACAUCCAACUGUUACUGGAGAAGUAGUUGGAUUCUACCAGCCGAGUCAUGAAGGGUUUCAGCAAUCACACAAGAUGAUGCAUAACAGGAAAGCCUGGGCAGAAAUGUAUCUGCUUAGUUUAAAUGAUAAAUUGGUGACAAGUGCGUGGUCAACUUUUGGCUAUGUUGCUCAGGGUCUUGGAGGAUUGAAACCCUGGAUUUUGUACAAGCCAGAGGAUAAAAAGACUCCAGACCCAGCUUGUGUUCGAGCAAUGUCUAUCGAGCCUUGCUUCCAUUCCCCUCCCUUCUGGGAUUGCAAAGCAAAAACAGGCGUCGAUACUGGUAAACUUGUACCUCAUGUAAGGCAUUGUGAGGAUAUUAGUUGGGGUCUUAAGGUGGUUGAUGGUCAUGAAGAGCUAUAGAUCAAAUGAGGAAGUCAAUACAAGUCUGUUAGUAUUUAUUUUGACAAUGAAUUUUUUCAUUGAAAAUACUUGCGACAGUUGGACCAAUGAGACGAAAACCUGCCAAGACAAUUGUUAUUAUACAUGUCAUGGACAACAUCAACAUGGGUACGAAAUGAUGCAUUUGAAUCGGGUUCCUGUAGGCAGAACGGAAACGAGCAAUUGUGUUGUUUACUGGUACUAAAGCCAAGUUACUGUGAUCAACCUGCGAUUAGUAAUUUUCGGCUGCAGCCAUAUUACUCCUUACUGCAUCAAAGCUUAUGUUCUGCUAUUUUCUGUGAUGUCUACAUGUACUUAACUAAUCAUAUGUUUCAGUUUUGAUUAAUUAGUGAUUGUCCGUUAGCAGGAUUACCUUUUGAAAAAUAAAAAGUAAUAAUCUCAUUUCUGAAUGGUCAAAUUAAAACUUUUAACCAUUAGGUUAUUAUUUAAAAAAAUUCAAGUAAAUUUCCACUUGAAGCCCAUU